UUUUGUCAUGCCAGCUCGUUCCGGGAACUUCUGGCUAGACUGUGUACCACGCGAUCAUCGUAAAUAAUUUUUUCGAGUUGCGAAGUUUUCGAAGUUUUGCUAAAGUUUUGGGAAUCGGAUAAAAUUUCCUUCCAUAAUGCGGAACAACAGUCGGCAAAGUGUCACCGUAACAAUGCUAUAUAUUUUCGUCAUUAUUAACCAAGCUUUAACGGUUCCUCCAGAAUUUGUAGAGCCGAUUCCCAAUGUCACUGUAGCGUUGGGAAGAGAUGCCAGCCUGCCAUGUGUAGUGAAGAAUCUGGGAACGUACAAGGUUGCAUGGAUUCACAUAGAUCGCCAAAUGAUCCUCACAAUUCAUCGGCAUGUGAUCAGUCGAAUACCACGCUUCAGUGUGAGCUACGAUAAUGAUCGAACUUGGCUUCUUCACGUGAGCAACGCACAUAGAGAGGACCGGGGUUAUUAUAUGUGCCAAGUCAACACGAACCCCAUGAUAAGCCAAGUGGGAUACCUACAAGUAGUGGUUCCACCAAACAUCAUAGACAGUCUCAGCACUCCAUCCAACGUAGCGAUCCGUGAAAAUCAAAAUGUGAGCUUGACAUGCAAAGCUGAAGGAUUCCCCACUCCUAGUGUAAAGUGGCGAAGAGGAGACAGUCAGGAAAUCAUCGUGGACCGCAAAAAUAAAGUGGCCUCGUUUGACGGGGAACAUCUAAAUUUGACCCGCAUAAGCAGGAGCGAGAUGGGUGUUUACCUCUGUAUCGCCACCAAUGGAGUGCCGCCGUCUGUCAGCAAAAGGGUGGUUGUUGACGUAGAAUUUCCACCCAUGAUUUGGGUUCCCAAUCAACUGGUUGGUGCCCCGGCGGGUACCGACGUCACUUUGGAUUGCCACACGGAAGCUCAUCCCAAAGCCAUCAGCUAUUGGGUACGGGAUAAUGUCAUGCUUUUACCCACCAAGAAAUAUGGUGCUGCUCUAACCGAAAGCAGCUAUAUGGCACACAUGAAAUUGACUGUCCGAAACCUCCAGACGAUCGACUUCGGCAACUAUCGGUGCAUCUCGAAGAAUUCCCUCGGGGAAACCGAAGGCUCCAUCAGGCUCUACGAAAUUCCGAUGCCCACAACGAUCUCAAAACCGACUGAAGCUCGAAGCCAUACUCAUAGAGAAAAUCUAGCAAAACGCAACGUGAGCAAGCAGGCACAAGAAGAAAGAAUGAAGAGCAAGAUGAUAACUUCGACUGAAAACGACGAUAAUACUUCACAGAAGAAAACAGAGGCUCGUCAGGAAUAUGGAGUUGGUUUCCGUACACCAUCUAGCCCUCAAUUAUCUGGAUGCGUCAGCAUGGUCAGAUGGACGUUUCCCCAGUUUGCAGCUGUGAUUCUGAACUGUUUUUUCUGUCAGCGCCAUGUUUAACAUCUCGUCGAAUCUUUGUUGACUUUCAUGAACCAAUUUUUUCUCUACAUCUUGUGUUAGCUUUUUCAUAUAAAACUUUUUGUUAAAGUUGCGCAAAUAGCAUGUAAUAAACUCCAGUCAAACUCGUCAGCAUAAAUGAUGAAAAGAUAGUCAUUCUGGUGAAUACCUGCAAUUAUGGCGUAUUUAAACAUAUCACUACGUUGGUCUUUCUAAGCUCUGAAGUAUACCAAUUACUUUACCUUAAUUAACCAGAAAUGUGGGCAAUUUACCUGGCGCUUUAGAGAAUGUGUAAAUUUAAGGUAAUGCGAUUUGUGGGUUACCAUAAGAACGCUCCAACUCCGACCUACAAGUCUAUCAGUCCCCGAAUCCGUCACUUCGCGGAAAAUUAUUUAAAUGUUAACCGAAGAAAUCCUUCCAUUUUUUCAAGUUACACAUCUUGCAAAGCGAGGACAAUUUGGUACAUGAUCCAUUUUCCUUGUCAUCGGCCAGAGAGCAUUAUCUAUUCGCCUUUCUGUCUGCUAAGCUCUAGGAAUUUAAACGUAGAGCUUUCCAGUUAAGAAGGUGAUUUACUGUAUCUCUUGAUGCAAUUGCGACAGUAUCGCUUUAAUUUCCUGUUUGAAUUUUGAAACAACUUCUACGUUCCUUCGCUGGAGCGAAGCUCGAUUAGACUUUUAUAGUUUUUCAAGCUUAUUCCUGUUAUAAAAUUACACGUUUGUCAGCUGAGUUCUAAAUGUGCUUCAUGAUGAUAAAUAAACUAUUUAUUUUUCUUUUCAAAUGUUUAUCUGAAGAUUUGAACUGUUUUUGAGAUAUGAAGCUCUUUCAGAACAGCGAGCAGUAAGUUGAUUAUAUAAUAAUUUAUCCUUGCCGUGUUGACUGGAGAUUUAUUACUGACAUUUUCGUUCAAUGUUAAUUUUCCUAGUUUUUUUGAUUAGUUAACCGAUAUACUCAUGUUAUACGUAUAAAACUAGCUAUUAUUUAAAUAAGUUGUUAAUUUAUAUUUAUCGUUGUUAUGUUUGGAAAUUUUAUAGAGCAAAACCCUUUCCCGUUAAAUAGCUUAAAUUAAUGAUGCUGGAUGUAAAUAAACAUUUACCUUAAGUAUACUAAAUCUAUUCAUAUCAUAGAUAAUUAUCUAGACAAUUAGCUAAUCAUUAUGUUUAAUUUAUAUAGAAAUACAUAUUUUUUAUUAAUGGUAAUCUAGGGGUGUCUCAUAUUUUCAGUAGCGAUGUUAUUUUCAGUGUUAGACCCUACAACAGUUACAGGCAAUUGCAAAUGCGACACAGACAGGACCGGAAGCUUAAUUUCUAGAAACAUUGCACUGAGAUGCAGACAAUUCGAUUAAAAGAACUAAGUACACGUUAUUAUAUAAAAUGUUUGAUACAUUUAAGCUGUUCCGAGCAACACAUCGUCGUGCUGAAAGAUAAAAGUAAUUUUCUGGUGAUUUUUGGCGAAACUGGCUCACAUAUGAAGUUUGUAAGUUAAGCAAAUGAAUAUCAUUUUAAAAUACAUAUCAGUGCAGGUUUUUCCUAAUCGGGCACAAGUAUCACAAAACAUGUGCAAUUUAUCAAUAAUAAUUCGUCUAAACAAAGCUUGCUGUUUCUAAAACUCUCUUCAUAAACUUUGAAACCCUUAAGACGUCUUAUAUUAUAAUGAUGAAAAUGUUGUGUAGUAUUUAGUCUAGGAGAAUGUCAAGCGGUAAUGCCAAAAUCCACUUCAGGAGCGCACGAUUUUAUUAUGUAUUUUUUAUUAUUGUUAUUCUAGUGGUAAUACCAUUUGAAAUUCCAGAUUUGUGUUGACUAUAUAUAGGCCAAACCCCUUGUCUACAGUGCCAACAUUGGUUACCACCAAACGUAGAAUUUUUCUAUUUUUUUGCGUACUGUAUAAAAUUAAUGCUCAAAAAUAAUUCAACGAAUAUUUUAAUUA